ACGGCCAGCACACACCCCCAAGGUGUUGCUGGUUGGGCUGCUGGCAGCUGAAGUGACAAAUCGACGCCCCUGCCGAGAGUCCAAGUGCCAACACCUUUUGCCAGCGAAUGCCAGCGAACCACAGCCAGCCAUCGCCUCGCCUCGCCUCGCCUCGCGGUUCAGUGCUCUCGUCGCGGCAGAAGCAGAACCCAUCUCGGGCCUUUGGGCUUGGAGUACAGAUAAAUACGGUGGCCCCCGCUCUAGGCAGAUCAUUCGCGGUCCGACGCCAGUUCGAGAAACUCCGAUUCGUGAAAAAGUGUUGCAAGGAUAUUUUCGGACUCCAAAUCUCGUGUGCCCCAUCAAUCUGCAGAGGCACAACACGCGCCCGUGCCUGGUGCAACAUUUGUGAUUAAGUUGGAGCAAAGAACAAAGUGAAGUGCGGACACCAUGCGUGCUAUUGGAUUGAUGCUCUGCCUGCUGGCGCUGCUCCUCUGCGAACGCGGCCGCGCCCGUGCUGCUGUGACAGGACCCGAGGCCCGAUCAGGUGUCAACCCCGGACAGAGUGGCCAGAAUCAGCAGGUGGCCACGGCUGGUGUGGGCGUGCUGGACUCUGUGCUGCGUGGCAAGAGCCGCCAGUCACGCUGCGUGCGCUGCUACGAGGAUCGGGACAGGGAUCGCUACUACGGCGGCUACUCCAGUCGGACAGGCGAUGAUCAGCGCUCCAGUGCCUGGUACUACUCGGGCUACGACGAUCGCAGCAGCAGCAGGGAUCGGGACUAUGACAGAUCCUACGAUCGCAGCCGCUACUACGACGAUCGCUACACGCCGCGCACCUACGAUCGCUACGAGGGACGUGGCGGCUACGAUGACUACAGACGCCCCGUCAGCUCCGCCUAUGGCUCCAGCUAUGGCUCCAGCUAUGGCUCAAGCUCUGGGUAUGGCUCCUAUCCGGAACGGGAACGCGGCUAUGGCUAUGGCUACGAGAGCCGGGAUCGCUACUAUCCAGAACGCUACAGCGAUAGCUCCACCAGAGAUCGCUACUAUGAUCGUUCGCGUGCCAGCAGCUACGAUCGUUAUGAUCCCUAUGAUCGGUACUACUCCAGGUAUGAUUUUCGCAACUAUCGUCCCUGGGAUGAGACCUACAGGGGCCAGUCGGGCUUCGACAACUCGGGACGUGGCUACUACUUUGCCACCGACGAGGAUGAUGGCGACAUGCGAACCCGCGGCAAUGGCUACGCCUACAGCCGGCCCUCUCCAUCGCUCUCCUCGCCCUGCGGCCGCUUGGCCGGAAAUUGUCCCUAUGCCGGAGGCUCCAAGGUCUCCUCCUCGGCCAUUGGCAGUGACAGCGCUCGCGUUGGUGGACACACCAGUGUCCACGGAUCGGAUGUGGCUGGCGGCAAGGCCAAUGGCCAGGGCAGCUGGACGUAUCUGGGCGAUCAGGACAAGUCCGGCGGCAGCGGCAGCAGCAGCGGCGGGGUAGGCAAUGGAGGAGGGAGUGGCUCAUCGGGCAGCAAUGGCCUGAGCAGCGGUAGCAGCAGUCGGGAUCGGGAAAGGGAUCGGGACCGCGACCGCGACCGCGAUGCACAGAGCUCUUCCUAUGGUGGCCGACCACGUCCUCUAGGCGUCAGCUACCUGCUCGAACGUGACUCGAACAAUCCCGCAGACGUCUCCUCGGAUGGCUCAAGCGACUCGGCGCAUGCUGCCGGCGGUGGUGGUGGUGGUGGAAUCAGUGCAGAAGGAAUGCCCAUGCCCGCGGCCCAGACAGCCUCCGAGGGCAAUCCCGGCCAGACGGUGGACAAUCCAAUGCAGUAGCUCCGUUAGCGGAACCAAAGCCAGACACUGCCCCGAUGUGGCAGCGCAAGGUGUAAUCUACCUUUUCGUAUUUAUGUGUACUUCGUAAGUCUCCAAAGAAACUAUUUAUGUGUGUGGCACGCUUCUGCUCAAAUAAACAAUCUUCAAAGAUCCUCAA